AUGGCCGGUGAGCGGCGGCGCAGCGUGUUCCGCCCGUGCAUUGACUUGCACCAUGGGACGGUGAAGCAGAUUGUGGGCGGCAGUCUGCGAGAUGACAAGGAUGGGCUGGGCGACGAUACGGACGCGCUCCAGACCAACUUUGUCGCGACCCACCCACCGGCGCACUAUGCCGCGCUGUAUGCGCAGCAUGGCCUGCGCGGCGGGCAUGUCAUCAAGCUGGGUCCAGGGAACGAUGAGGCGGCUACGGAGGCGCUACGGGCAUGGCCCCGGGGCCUGCAGGUCGGCGGCGGCAUCACGAUUGACAAUGCCGCGCAGUGGCUCGAGCGCGGCGCGGACAAGGUGAUUGUCACGUCGUAUCUCUUUCCUGCGUGUCGCUUCUCGAUGGAGCGCCUCGUCGAGCUCGAGCGGCUCGUCGGGAGGGAGCGGCUCGUCGUCGAUAUCAGCUGCCGCCGGCGCGGCGACGAAUGGGUUGUCGCGAUGAACCGCUGGCAGGAUCUCACCGACAUGGUCCUCUCCCCAGCGACGCUGGAGCAGGUAUCGGCGCACUGCAGCGAACUGCUCAUUCAUGCUGCCGACGUCGAAGGUUUGUGCCGCGGGGUCGACCAGGACCUCGUGCAGCGCCUCGGCGAGUGGGUGUCGAUUCCUACAACCUAUGCGGGCGGCGCGCGGCGUGCGUAUCGGGGUCUAACGCCAGACUUGGACGACAUGCAGCUAGUGGACAAGCUCUCGAAUGGGCGCGUCGACCUGACGUUCGGCAGUGCACUCGAUAUCUUCGGCGGCACGGGCGUGACGCUCGAGGCGCUCGUGCAGUGGAACCGCGCUGCUACCGUAGGCCCGUAA